UUUCCCAUUUUAUAGACCAGUAAGGCCAGCCACACGUCUACCUUGCCUUCUCUUUCCUAAAACUUCUCUCUGUCUCAGUUGUUUGCAUAACAUUAUGGUUUGCUUUCCUUCUUUCUAGCUCAACUUGGCUGAGAUUUUAACUAAAUUAGAUUUUAAAAAAAAGUUUAGAGGAGUUGUGGUGAGGAUAAUAUUGGACAUGGGUCAGAGACCAAACUUUGUCAUCCAAGGAGGGUUCAAAUUGCCCAUUGGGUACAGGUUCCAUCCCACAGAUGAAGAGCUUGUUGUUCACUAUUUGAAGCGCAAGGUUUUUUCUAUCCCAUUCCCAGCUUCAGUCAUUCCUGAGUUUGAUGUUUUCCAGACAGAUCCUUGGGGCCUGCCAGGUGAUUUAAAUGAAAAAAGGUACUUCUUUAGCAGUAGAAAGAGUGUCAAUGAAAACAAGAGCAAGAGAGCUGCUGGUUCUGGGUACUGGAAGCCUAUUGGCAAAGCCAAGCAAAUAUUAGCUUCUGGGAGCAACCAAGCAGUCGGGAUGAGAAAAGCUCUAAUUUUUUGUGAAGGGAAGCGAUCCUAUGGAACUAAAACAAGAUGGGUCAUGCAUGAAUAUCGUCUUGUGGACUCUGAGACAAACGCCUAUUCGACCCAGGUAUCUGAGAUUGAAAAGGAAGAUUGGGUUAUCUAUUGUGUACUUAAAAGAAAGAAGAGAAAUGAAAAACGAGGCGCUAUUUCUCAGCCCUCUAAGAGAAAGAAAGUUCAGAGCUUGGAGGUGAUUAGGCCAAGUUUUAUGAAUUGCAAGGUGGAAGAGAGCUCUGAUUUAGGUCCUCCUCAACCUUCUUCAUCUUGUUCAAGUGAAAUCACUGAUGUCCGUCCUAAUGAGUUAGAUCAGGAGGAAACAAGUUCCCAUAUUAGUUUUUCUUCAUUUUCAUGUAUGAGAGAGGCUUAAAAACCUCAUAUAGAGAGAGGUCUGUAUCGGGUAUUCAACAGUUGACAGUUGUGCAACAAAUGAGAAUCGCCUAAAAGAAAAGAAUUAGCAUUUUAA